UGUCGCGGGAAAAUUGGCGUUGACUCUUUUGUUUCAAAGUUGAUUUAAUCAAACUUUGCUGGCUUCACCAACAACCUCCCUAGUCACGACGGCCGCUGCUAAACUGAACGGGAAGCGCACAGUAAUAUCCUGCGCACACUUAUAGCUCGGUUAGAGGGAGAUGGCAGAUGACGAGAAACUCCUGAAAAAGCUUGAGGACUCCACUAAGGAUGCCAUGCGCCACCAGCUUGAAACACUCCACUCCAUACUCGAACACCAGGGUGGCGUACGUUAUCUCCAGCGCCUCCUGCAAGGCUACGAUGCGCCUUUCGACGUUGAUACCUUUCGCCGCGUCGUACCGUUGUCAACUUAUGAGGAUUACUCGGACGACAUCAAUCGGCUCGCUGAUGGCCCUCACGAUCAUGAUCGUGGUCAACCUCUUCUGUCCGUUGAUCCUCUAAUCUGCUUCUUUUAUAGCUCUGGCACUAGCUCGAUGAAACCCAAGUUGAUUCCUUACUAUGAUUCACAUCUUUCAAAAUCGGCCUCGUAUGUGGCUCAUCAGGGCAGCGCUGUAAUUCUUAGAAGAUUGUUUCCUCCGAGACCCUCAGUCAAUAAAUUUAUUGGCUUUAUUUAUGCUGAUAAUGUCACAACUACCAAACUUGGUUUUAAGGUGAUGGCUGCUUCUGCUUUUGCUUUUCGGAAUAAUAGUAGUAAGGCUGCCUAUUGGGCUCAUUUUGCCUCAAGUUCUAGUACUAUAGAAAUCAUUCUUGGAUCCAAUGUUGAGCACCAAAUGUAUUGUCAUAUUCUUUGUGGACUUAGGAACUCUGACCUUAUUGAUGGUAUUCGUGCUCCCUAUGCCAUAGGCUUGAUCCGGGCAUUUUCACUCUUGGAAUCCAAGUGGAUGCAACUAUGUGAUGAUCUUGAAAAUGGGUUCUUGAGUUCAGAAAUUUCUGAUGUUGCAAUGAGAGAUUCAGUUAUUGAGGUUCUUGGUGGGCCUCAAGUGGAACUUGCCAACAAAGUUAGAUCAAUAUGUCAAGAAAAGAAUUGGGGUGGAAUUGUGAGGAAGUUAUGGCCAAAUAUAAGAUAUGUUAAGUGUGUUACCACUGGAAGCAUGAAACAGUAUUAUCCAAAACUUAAGCACUUUGCAGGAGAGACACCUCUGUUAGGUGGUGACUAUUUUGCUUCAGAAUGCUGUGUAGGUAUUAACUUGGACAUUACACAACCUCCAGAGACAACCCGAUUCGUGUUGCUUCCUACAGCAGCCUACUUUGAGUUUCUUCCAUUUGAUUUCAAUCAGAUCAGUUGUGUUGGCGAACAAACGGUUGACAUUUCUGAUGUUGAAGUAGGAAAAAUGUAUGAAGUGAUUGUCACUACUUACAGAGGAUUAUAUAGAUACCGUUUGGGUGAUAUAGUAAAAGUUGUUGGUUUCCACAACUCAUCUCCAGAAGUUGAGUUUAUAAUGAGAGCACCUAAGUCUCUUUCAGACAUAAUAACCGAGAGGGGUUUGAUGUCUGCAAUUGAAAUUUGUCAAUCUGUCAUGAAAAAUGCCUUGAGACCAGAAAUCACAGAGUUUUCAAGCUUCUUAGACUCGGAGCUAAACCCGAAGCAAUUGAAAGUGCUAGUUGAAAUUGGAGAGGAAUGCAUGAUUGUGGAGGAGUCACUUAUUGUUCUUCUUAGGGAGAUUUGCUCUAUACUUGAGGAUAACUUGGGAAGUCUUUACAGGGUUAAGCGAGAUAAAGGCGAAGUAGGCUCUUUGUUGCUAACCGUUGUAAAGCCUGGUAGCUAUGGUAAGCUGGCCAAGGUAGCCAUUGAUAAUGGGGUAUCAGCUAGUCAGUAUAAACCACCAAAGAUAAUACGACGCCGUGAAGCUGCAGCUUUUCUUGAAAGUUAUAGUCUUGUUACUGUGAGUUCGGAUUCAGUUGAACAAGGGAGAAAUUGAACCAUGGAGCCCCCAAGUGGUGGCCUGGGGUGUGUGUAGAAUUGAGUUCAUGGAGACUCUAUAACUACAAAUUUACAGUAAAUCACUUUACAAUAAAUGGCCAAGAGCAUGAUAGAAUAUAUAUACUACAGCAUUGUAAAGGUGUAAACUUUUAAAACAAUGAGUUAUUUGUUUAAAUUUUA